AUGGAGGGAAACAACUACAUUGUGGUCGCGGAUCUCGGUCUCAAGCCAAUCCACCUAGCUUGUCUUCAAGGCGACUUUGAAGGGGUCAUCAAGCUGGUUUCACAAUCUGAAGAUGUCCUCGAAACGAUCACCGAGCCGAAAAUUGGUACGGAAUGGGGACUUCGUGAAACACCUAUCAAGCUCGCUGCCCUUAUGGGACAUCUUGACAUAGUCGAGUUCUUCAUUCAGAAAGGUGUAAACUUAGUGUCCGAUGGUCUAUAUGCCUCGUCAUAUACUAAAGAUGAAGGCUUCGCAAUGCGUAGACGAGAAUUCUUUCUUAAGACGGCCAAAGUAGGACGUGAGCAUCUCGACGCUCAUAAUGCACGCAAGGCCAUCUACGAUCUUCUGACUUCUCAAGGCCGCCGAAGCGUUCUUAAAUCAAUGAGAGGCCCAAGGGCUGACAUAGGAUUCCCUGAUUAUAGACUGGCAAAGCAAGGAAGCCAGAUUGUCGUAUAUGCGCCGGUCUAUCGAGUAAAAACCGACAUCCCUCUGGACAGAAGCAAGACUAUUGGUCUUAUUACAGCUAAGGGUAACAGCGAAGUACUGAUGACUGCUCAUAGUGGUUAUAAGCCUGGAGGCGACCGUGGUGAGAAAUGCCUCGACACGAAUAAGUGGAAUUAUAUCGCCCUCCAUCACAUUGCUGCCCUACUCAAGUUUCAGUUCCCCGGAAAUCAGCGUGACAAUGGGAAUAAACCCGCCGAAGACGAACAUCGAGGCCGUGCACACGCUGGACAUGUCGAAGUUCUACUCGCGGCAUGGUAUGUGCUCGAGAUGACCCGAAAGUCAAGCGGGAAUCUAGAGGCAGACAAGGAUUGGCUUCUUGCCAAUUUGCAUAUGCUGAAGCAUGCGAAACUUGGCAAUGCACGUUCGGCUGUGAUUAUGAUCGAUUCACAGCCAUGUGCUACAUGCUUGAAAUUCAUCAAUAGAAUCUUCCAGUAUACGGGCGUACACUUUUCCGUUAGAGGCGCGAUUGGUAUUGGCCCGACUCUUGCAACAAAAGACAAGCGAAGCGGCGCAAGAUGCGAUACAUUUGGUGACACAUUUCCGGAAUCUGAUGGUGAAGAGUCUGCUGUCGUGGAGGACCUAGUUCAAGGUUUAGGCGGCGUUACCGCAGGUGCAGCGUGCCAACCAUUUAUAGGGAUGCCAAUCGAGAGACAACAAUUGUCUCCUAUCCUUAACAAUGACGCUGAUAUAAUUAUUCCUGCUACGAACCCUGCCACAGCCAUGGAGCGAGCUAUACCCAUCACACCCGCUAGGCCGAGGAUGCAAUGGCCUAUACCCGAACACAGAUCACGUUUCUUCGAAGAUCCAUUCUCUGAUAUACCAUCUCGCCGACCACCGAAUCAUUUCGAAAUUUUAGCUGAAUAUAAGAAGAAGACACCGGUAUACGAGUUCCCUGGGUAUGAGUCCAUCAUGACGGACCAUCAUCCGCGCCAGCAGCAACCGCUUGUGAAGCCUUUCAUUCUCCCGCCGGAAAAUCGAAGGCCAUCUUCUGUGGCAGAGGAAGAUGUCGUACUUGUUGAUGUGGCAGACGAUAGCGACACUAUUAUGUGUUCAUCCACAAGCAGCGAUAGCGAGUCGACUCUUGGACAUUCCGUGGUCGAUGUCAGAGCCGGGAAAAAGGAUAGCGAUAGCAGCACUCCUCGACCUAAUGAAGCAAACUUUUCGUACUCUAGCUUUGAGCCGAUUGCCGCCCACAAGAACGGAGGUAUUUCUGAAGGAGAGAAUCAAAGAGAUCUAGGACGCUAUGCCAAUGUCCACUCGGAAAGCGACGACGAAGAAGAUUACUACUACGUGCCAAGACAAGUGUCUCAACGAUCUCGUUCUAACGAUGAGGAUAGUCCCGUUAAGGAGCAGCGAAAAGAGAGAGAGAUAACCCCGUGCCCGGUCUCUGGAAUAGCCAAACUUCAGCAGUGGCGCUACCAGCCGCAACCACGAGUCCGCCGCCAACUACUACAGCCAUGGCGUAGCGAGGGGCAGACGAUCCAGCCUUAUAUAUACCCUAACAACCCUAUCCCAGAACCGGUUUAUUUCGACUCUGAUCUCACCAAGGGAAUUUCUAGAGAGAAGCGUGAACAGACACAUGGAAGUAAGGGUUAG